AUGAUGCAUCACUUAGGAAAAAUAACCCUUUUUAUUUUUUUUAUAAGUGUAAUUUUAAUUAUAUCAUGUUCCUGCACGGAUUUAAAGUCACCUUCGAAGGGAAAUAUAGAUCCGCGAAUUUUAGAGUUAAGCAUACAUACUGAGAAACAGAAAAGAAUACACAAUUUAAUUUAUACAGGAAUUCUUUCUUUGACAAUUAUAGUAACCAUAUUUUCAACUCUAGGAUUUAUUAUGGAUGAUUAUAUUAGGUCGAGAAACAUGAGAAAUAGAACUUUAUAA